AUGGACGCAAGCACAAAGGUGAAGAAAGGAGCUGGAGGAAGGAAAGGUGGAGGACCAAGGAAGAAAUCGGUGACAAGAUCCGUCAGAGCCGGACUUCAAUUCCCCGUCGGAAGAAUCGGCCGUUUCUUGAAGAAAGGUAGAUAUGCUCAGCGUGUGGGUACCGGUGCUCCUGUGUAUCUAGCAGCUGUUCUUGAAUAUCUUGCUGCUGAGGUUCUUGAGUUGGCUGGAAAUGCGGCACGCGAUAACAAGAAGAAUAGGAUCAGUCCAAGACAUUUGUGUUUAGCUGUCAGGAAUGAUGUAGAGCUUGGAAAAUUACUUGCCGGUGUUACCAUUGCUCAUGGUGGUGUUCUUCCUAACAUCAAUCCUGUUCUUUUGCCUAAGAGGAAUGAAAAUGCUUCUGCUAAAGAGCCUAAAUCUCCCAAGGCCAAGAAAUCUCCUAAGAAAGCUUAG